GACCAUGAGAAUUUUUCGUGACUUCAGAGAAAAAACGAGUUAUAGACACGAUACAAAUUUGUGAAACGACAUUUAAAUCAACUCUUUACUGAUUAGGAAGAGUUUUUUGCCAAAAAAAUUUGAUAAAUGCCUGAAAUCACACUUUCGAAAAAAUUGGCAAGAGUGCUUUGACUUUGCACCAAUUCGGACGCUGCUUUUGACAGUUGUCACUGUGAGUUUGUUAGUCGGUGUUAUUGUUGUUAUCUCUCAGAAAAUCAAACGAAACCAGUGAUUAAUUGUGUUGGGUGGUUUACAAGUGCAAAAUGGGGUACUUGUUUAGUGAAUUAUUUGUGAAUUUGAAAGUCCAGGCGCGCGCACAACCACCUGUCCCUUGGUUGUGUUCAUGGAGGAUAUUCGGGGAAAAACCGGCUCAAGAGACUGUUUUACACACAGUUUUGGAUUUGGGAAAGAUUGUGAUGUUGAGACUGAGCAUGUUGUUGAGCUGCAUUUUCAUGACUAAUACCGCUUUAGACGACAAACACUUGGCUUCCAACUUUUUAAUCGAGAAACGUGAAAUUUCAAACGAUUUCGAAAAAUACUCCGUCACCUGUUACAUCUGCGUCAACGUUUCGGACAAUCUCGUUUGCAACCAAUUCGCCAUAGACAGGCCCUGCAAACCCGGCGAGACUUUUUGCCACACCUUGCACAUAAUGGACUCGAAGGGCACAAGUGUGCUCGUCAACAAGAAGUGCACUACGGAUAAAGAGUGCCAAAGGAACAAAGUGGGAUGUGUCGAAAUCGACUCGCAAAAGAUGUGUGUGUCGUGCUGUGACCAGAACUACUGCAAUGUCGACGUCCCGACGAACUCGUCGAAUGCCAUCUUCGACGACAAAAUCACCAAAAUGCGAAUGCUGGCCAAGAAUCUGUUCCAGAGAGAGAAGGCGCUGACUACGACCAUCAAAGAGACGAACGCGGCCACCACUUGUCGGAAACUACACUUUUUGUUAAUUUUGUGUUACUUGUGUAUUGUUAUUCCGAAUUAAAAGCGAUUUUUUUGGGGUUA